UAAGAGGGGCCUCUCCCACCUCUCUAGCACCAUUUCCCUGCUGUUUCAGGAGUGUGGCGAAAAUGGCCACUAAUAUAAGAGGAAAUACGCCUCUCUGCUUCGAUACAUUCCAUAACAUAAUUGAUGGAGAACUUUCGUGCACAGCCGAGACACGGCACACAGUCAAUCCCGCUACACUAGAAAAUAAUCCGGACGCUCCCCUCGGCACGGUCGACGAUGUAAACAGAGCCGUCAGAGCGGCCAACCGGGCUGCCGAUGCAUGGGCUAAAGUCCCUUGGGAUGAGCGUGCUUGCGCGAUUCGAAGCUUCGCCGAUACUACAGAGCAGAAAUCUGAAGAUUUUGUUCGGAUUCUACAGAAAGAAACCGGCAAACCCAUGAUUUGGGCUCGACACGAGCUUGCGACGUGUGUGAAGUAUCUCAGAGGGUUCUGUAGAUUAUCUCUUCCUGAAGAAGUCAUCGAAGAUGCCGCGGAACGUAAAGUUGUCACCCGAUAUACGCCGCUCGGUGUGAUUGUUGGAAUUGUCCCUUGGAACUAUCCCGUUCAGCUCUCAUGUGUGAAAAUGGGAGCAGCUCUACUCACCGGAAACACCUACAUAUGGAAGCCAUCUCCUCAUACACCCUACUGCAGCAUUAAACUUGCAGAAUUGGCCCAGAGGUUUUUCCCUCCCGGCGUUGUUCAAAUUUUGAGUGGGGACAAUGAUUUAGGGCCGCUGUUGACCGAACACCCUGAUGUUCACAUGGUCAGUUUUACGGGCAGCAUUCCAGUCGGAAAGAAGAUCAUGGAAUCCUGCAGCAAGACACUAAAGCGGGUGGUACUUGAGCUAGGCGGCAACGAUCCAGCUAUCGUUUGCAAGGACGUAAAUCCUGCCGACGUGGCCGCCAAAAUCGGCUUCGUCUGUUUUUGUCAUGCGGGUCAAAUCUGCAUCAACAUGAAACGAAUCUAUGUCCACGAAGCAGUUUAUGACGACGUACUGGCCGCUAUUGUUGGGCUUGUGCAGACACUUAAGCUAGGGCUCGGCGAGGACGCUUAUAUGGGACCUAUCACGACUAAAGAGCACUUCGAGUACCUCAAAAGUUUGCUCGAGGAUGUGGAAAGAAGAGGCUUCAAUGUCGCGAUAGGGAGUACGAAACCACUAUCUGAUAUGAAGGGAUACUAUCUUGCGCCCACAAUCAUUGAUAACCCGCCAGACGAUGCAAGGAUUGUUGUUGAGGAGCAGCUUGGGCCCGUUCUUCCUUUUUUGAAAUGGAGAGAUGAGACAGAUGUCAUCACGAGGGCUAAUAACACUAAAACCGGUCUAGGUGCAUCUGUAUGGACUCGUGAUAUGGAGCAAGCAGAGCGUCUCAGGAAGAAACUGAAGGUUGGUAAUGUUUGGAUUAACACUCAUGCCGAGAUCCAGACUAAUAUCACGUUCGCUGGCCAUCGGGAGAGCGGCUUUGGCGUUGCAAUGGGCAUCAACGGCCUCAAGGCUUGUUGUAAUGCCCAAAGUAUCUAUACUAGACCAGCUGACGCCAUAGUACAAUACUAGGUAUGCAAGUAGCUAGAGCUAAUUACCAAGGGACUGUUACACCAGACAUUGAUAUGACAACCACAACGAAGAUCUGAGAAGAUGCUUUGAUAAACUACCCCUGCCAAAAACGAUAUCAGAUUAAGAGGCAAUAAAAGCGAAUUACUGAGAAGAGACGCUAAUAUCGGCGGCAUACAAACCACAUCCACAUGCGAGCAGAUUCCCCUUCGAUCCUUUCUAAAUCAAUAUAUUCCUGUCAUCUCACACUAAUAUG